ACGUUUUCCAAGAUGGACGCUGAUUUGUAUGAUGAAUUCGGUAACUACAUUGGACCAGAUCUGGCCAGUGAUGAGGAAGAAAGUGAGGAAGAAUGGGAGAAAGAGGAACAACUAGAUGGAGUUGAGGAGGAUGAUGCAGGGGAGGAUCAGAUGGAGCAAGAUGAUGAUGCUCAAAUGCAAGUUGUUUUACAUGAGGAUAAGAAAUAUUAUCCCACAGCCCAAGAAGUUUUUGGACCUGAUGUAGAGACCAUUGUUCAAGAAGAGGAUACUCAACCAUUAACUGAACCUAUAAUAGCUCCAGUAAAGAACAAGAAAUUUUUGCUUGCUGAGCAAGAUUUGCCUGCAACAACUUAUGAAAUUGAAUAUCUAGCAGACUUGAUGGAUAACACUGAGCUAAUAAGAAAUGUGGCUUUAGCAGGACAUUUGCACCAUGGCAAGACAACUUUUGUUGACUGCCUUCUUGAACAAACCCAUCCUGAUUUGAAGUCUAAAGAAGAAAGUGAGAUUCGAUACACAGAUACCCUGUUUACUGAACAAGAGCGGGGUGUAAGCAUCAAAAGUGUUCCUGUAUCAUUAGUUUUGCCAGAUUCAAGAGACAAAUCCUACCUUUUAAAUGUUUUUGAUACACCUGGUCAUGUGAAUUUCUCAGACGAAGUGACUGCAGCAUUUCGUCUUUGUGAUGGUGUUGUAAUCUUUGUUGAUGCAUCAGAAGGGAUUAUGUUGAAUACUGAAAGAUUAUUGAAACAUGCCGUUCAAGAGCGUCUUGCUGUCACAAUAUGUAUAAACAAAAUUGACAGACUUAUCCUUGAACUAAAAUUACCCCCAGCUGACGCAUAUUUCAAACUGAAGCACAUUGUGGAUGAAGUCAACGGUUUAUUGAGCGUAUACUCUGAAGGUUCAGAUGAUGUUUUGGUAUCUCCAUUGCUUGGCAAUGUGUGUUUUGCCAGUUCAACAUAUCGUUUCUGUUUUACUCUCUUGUCGUUUGCCAAGUUAUAUACAGAUACGUACGGGUAUGGGGUCAAUCAUCGUGAUUUUGCUAAGAGGCUUUGGGGCGACAUGUAUUUCAAUUCGAAAACACGAAAAUUCACCAAGAAAGCUCCUCUCACUACAUCACCACGAACGUUUGUUGAAUUUAUUUUGGAACCGCUUUACAAGUUAUUUGCUCAGAUUGUUGGCGAUGUAGACUCGACGUUACCCAAAGUUUUAGAUGAGUUGGGUAUUCGUUUGACUAAAACAGAACAGGCAAUGAAUAUUCGUCCGUUAAUGAAGAUCAUUUUUAAAAGAUUUUUUGGAUCAUUUACAGGUUUUGUUGACAUGUGUGUUCAACACAUUAAAUCGCCAAAGGAUUUCGCAAAAUUAAAAGUUGAACAUACAUACAAUGGAGCGUUAGAUACGGAACUCUCACAAGCGAUGUUUGAAUGCGAUGCUGAUGGUCCUCUGAUGAUUCAUACGACGAAGCAAUAUCCAUCCCGUGAUGCAACGGCAUUCCAUGUUCUGGGGAGAGUAUUAAGUGGAACGGUUCAUGCUGGUCAACAAGUAAAGAUUCUUGGAGAAAAUUACACACUUGAAGACGAAGAAGAUUCGAGAAUAGGGAAUAUUGGCAGGCUUUGGAUACCAGAAGCUAGAUACAACAUUGAAGUGAACAGAGUGCCUGCUGGGAACUGGGUGUUAAUCGAAGGAAUUGAUGAGCCAAUUGUCAAAACAUCAACUGUAACCCAAAUUGAAGAUAGUGAAGAAGCUCAAAUAUUUCGGCCACUCAAGUUUAAUACAUGUUCUGUGGUGAAAAUAGCUGUUGAGCCUCACAACCCCUCGGAGCUGCCCAAAAUGUUGGAUGGAUUGAGAAAGGUCAACAAAAGCUACCCAUUACUUACAACAAAGGUCGAAGAGUCUGGUGAACAUGUUAUACUUGGAACUGGGGAAUUAUUCCUGGAUUGUGUCAUGCAUGACUUGAGAAAAAUGUAUUCAGAAAUAGAUAUAAAAGUGUCUGAUCCCGUGGUGGCGUUUUGUGAAACUGUUGUGGAGACUUCGUCUUUGAAAUGCUUCGCUGAAACACCGAACAAAAAGAACAAGGUGACAAUGAUAGCAGAACCUUUAGAGAAUGGUUUGGCUGAAGAUAUAGAAAAUGAAAAGGUCUCCAUCACUUGGAAUAAAAAACGGCUUGGCGAGUUCUUUCAGACAAAAUACGAUUGGGAUUUAUUGGCAGCCAGAUCUAUCUGGGCGUUCGGACCGGACAAUACGGGACCAAAUAUUUUAGUGGAUGAUACAUUGCCUUCUGAAGUCGAUAAAAGUUUACUAAAUACGGCAAGAGACUCUAUUGUUCAAGGAUUUCAGUGGGCGACAAGAGAAGGUCCUUUGUGCGACGAACCAAUCCGUAAUGUGAAAUUUAAGAUCCUGGACGCUGUGAUAGCUGGCGAACCAAUCCAUCGUGGAGGAGGACAGAUCAUUCCGACGUCAAGACGUGUGGCUUAUUCCGCUUUUCUUAUGGCAACUCCCCGUUUGAUGGAACCGUAUCAUUUCGUGGAGGUUCAGGCUCCUGCAGAUUGUGUUUCUUCUGUAUACACCGUAUUAGCACGACGAAGGGGUCACGUGACUCAAGACGCGCCAGUUCCAGGCUCUCCAUUGUAUACCAUCAAAGCAUUCAUACCAGCUAUUGAUUCAUUCGGUUUUGAAACUGAUCUUAGGACCCAUACUCAAGGCCAAGCGUUCUGUCUGUCUGUAUUCCAUCACUGGCAAAUUGUUCCAGGCGACCCACUUGAUAAAAGCAUUGUGAUAAGACCACUUGAACCUCAACCUGCGACUCAUCUGGCGAGAGAGUUUAUGAUUAAAACUCGGAGACGGAAGGGGCUAAGUGAAGAUGUGAGUAUCAAUAAAUUCUUUGAUGAUCCUAUGUUGUUGGAACUGGCGAGACAAGAUGUGAUGUUCAAUUAUCCAAUGUAAAUAUGAAGAAAAGAUAAAGCCAUAUUAAAUAGCUCAUGCAAGUGGCGUAACGAUACUGUGUAUCUGUACAUAGCUUCCAGGAUUUCUUUCUCGACAAUGUCAUAAUAUCGAGAGUGAUACCACACAUAAUACAAACUGCGUCUCGUGUUGCUGAUCUUUAAAUAACGAAACACGUGGUUCACAUAAACUGAACCUAGUAAUGUAUGCAAAAUUAAAUUGCAUACAAAUUAAACUUUCGACGAUAUUUUUAAUAAAGUUUUCCCUUGUUUAU